CCAUUUGAUUGGCUGGCCGAAGGGGUUCGGCAAUUUGGCAGUAUCGCUUUGCCGGCCACACUGUGACAGUCAGUGUUGCAACGUACCGACCGUAUAUCGCCCGACCGCCACAAUCUGUCGACCGUUCGGAGCCUGCCGUAAAAAUUUCAAGGAAUUAAAUUUCUACAGCUUACUGCAUUGCUAGUAAACGGGGCACAAAGAAAUUGUUUAAUAAUUCCGCGAUAAACAACAUGAAAAUGUAAACAAAACAAAUGGAAAUAUUUUGUGUGAAAAGUGCAACAACAACAACAACAACAAGUUUUUAAUUUCAAGCUAAAGUUAAAUUAAAAUUCUUAGUUAAAAAUAUAUAUAUAUAUAAAUACAAAAAAAAAACGUAGUUAAAAGAAAAUUAUAUACAAAAUAAAUUUUAAGUGAAUUAUAAAAUUAACAACAACAACAGCUGUGCUGUGCUGUGUGUGCGUGUGUGCGUGAGUGUAUGUGCAUGUGUGUGUGUGUGUGUGAAAAUUGAAACGCCCGCUAACCAAAGUCAAGCGCUAGAUGGCGCUGCUCUCCGAGCUGGCGGCUUAUGUAGUUAUUGCGCGCGUUGUUGUUGCUAAUAAAACGCGCAAAAGCAAAUUAUAGCUGCGACCAGCAGCAGCAGCAGCAGCAACAAAUAAAUUUAAAUUUAUUACUUAGCAUAACAAAAUCAACAGCAACAACAACUACAACUACAACUACAACAAGAGCAACAGCAACAACAACAACUGUUUAGUUUCGCGGACGCGUCUCUCGGUUUUCGGUUGUCGCCGUCGUCGUCGUCGUCGUCGUCGUCGCAAUUCGUCAGUCAGUUGGUUGCACCUGUAACGCAACGGUCGCUAUGUAUCGUCGUCGUCGCUUGGCAGCCGCUAGUUUCAUCUUCGAAGUGGGCAAAUCGUUUGCCAGCACGGCAGCAGCAACAAUUGCCGCCAAGCAGCAACAUAAACUGUGCAACAGCAACUAGUUGCCGCAGAGACUUGAUUAAGCACAUAUAAAACAAAGCCAAAACUUUGACUACGAAAAAAAGAAACUUUACCAAAUAAAUACUAGAACUUUUCAUUUGUUAAAUAAUCCAAAGUAUUGUCAGCAAAACUGGAUUAUUUGCUGAAAACUUUGCGCACGCUGAAAUCCAAUUCGAUUAUGGCCGAGAAUCAAAGCGCUGCCAACGAAGAUUCCGGUCAGCAACAGCAGCAACAUCAACACCAACAGCAACAUCAACAGCAACAUCAACAUCAACAGCAGCAGCAGCAACAAGUCAGCACAGCGGCAGCAACAAUUGCUAAUAGCGGUCAGGCCAGCGGCAGCAACUCGGCCGCCUCCUCGCCCGAAAGCUCACAGGAAACGCACACAAUUGUUGCCAACACAACAGCAGCAACAGCUGCAGCAGCAGCAGCAGCAAUAGCAGCAGGCAACAACACAACGGCAGCAGCAGCAGCAGCAACACGCCGGCAACAGUCCAGCAACACACAACAGCAACAUCAGCAGCAGCAGCAACAACAACAGCAGCAACAGCGCGCCAGCAGCAACAACAUGUUCGACCGUCAUCUGAAUGCGAAGUUCAAGCCAACGGGCGGGUCAGCUGGCGCUGGCAAUGCGCCCGCUCGCCGCAAUUCCAUACAGACGCCGGCGCGCGGCGUCAGCGUGGUGGGCACCACCAGCAUCAAGAAGCCGCCGCUGACCAAGGUCAAUUCGCUCGGCGGCAGCGGGCAGCAUCAUCAUCAGCAGCAGCAUCACCAUGUCUCCUCGCACCAGCAUCAUCAUCAGGCGCACCAGAACAACAGCGGCAGCAACAGCAACAGCAGCAGCAACAAUAUACAGCGCACCACCAGCGAGAGUUUGCGCCUGAAUGCGCUCAAUCGCGGAGCCGCGGCGGCAGCAGCAACUGUUGCUGAUAGCAGCGCCACGGUGUCCCGUGCCAGCAGCAACAGCAGCCUGGCGACGGGCAACAGCAGCGCCUCGAGCACCUCGCUGGCGCCCAAAUCGAGCAGCACCAAUCACACUGCGACGGCGGCAACCAACACCAACAGCAGCAGCGGCAGCGAUGCCGGCAGCGGCAAGGCCAGCUCGCCCAACAACAAUGGCGCCGCCACGCGCGGCCUGGGCCUGCAGCAGCAACAGCAAUGGCAGCAGCAGCAACAGCAGCAGCAGCAGCAUCAUGGGCAUCAUCAUCACCAUCAGCAUCAUCAUCAUCAGCACCACCAGCAGCACACGAGCCACAGCCAGGGGCAUCAGUCGGCAACGGCAGCAACAAUUGCUGCCGCAGCAGGUGCUGCUGCUGCUGCUGCUGGCGGCGGCGGCGGGGGCAACAAUCGCAAACCAAAGACGACUUCCUCAUUUCAAAUCACGUCCGUGACGGUGGGACAUGCCAAGCUGAAUGCCGCCGGCGAUACGGGCGAUGAGUCUGCCGAUGAUCUGGACGAAUCUCAUACGGAUGACAAUAGUCGGAUUACGGAUCUGGAGAACGAAACGCCAUCCAUGUCGGAGGACACGUUCUCCAAGGAGGAGGUGUUCUUUGCCAAUAAUGCGCUGAGCACCACCGCGCCCGUUAUACCCACCAGCUCACAGUACGGCCUCGUUGUGGUCGACCCGAUCGGGCCCUCCCUCGGCCAGACCAUACAGAACGUGCAGGUGAAUGUCUCCGACAAUAUUAUCAAUGUGGUCAGUGCGGCGGUGACGCCCGGCGGCACCAAGAAAAAGGACGACAUGAAGGAGACGCAGCAUCGCAGCGAACGCUUCAAGGUGGUCAAAAUCGAGUCGACGGAGCCGUUCAAGCGCGGACGCUGGAUGUGCAUGGACUAUCUGGAUCACUCCAGCGUCGGUGCUGCCAACAACAAUGAAAAGACUGGUAACUCCGAGGCAGCAGCAGCAGCAGCUGCUGCUGGCGGCGGCGGCGGCAACAACAUGGGGGAAGGCUCGGAUCCCACGGCGCCGCCAAAGACAACGCAGAGCAUGAUCCUGCCGCCGAGCAUGCUGCACGAGAAUCAUCUGGAGGCGGCCUCGGCCGAUGCCAAUUGGAAUUUCGCCGAUCAGCAACAGUCGCAGCAGCAACAGUUGCAGGCGGGCGCAGCAGCAGCAGUUGCAGCUGCAGCAGGUGGAGCCCAAUUGUCUGGCACGCCCAGCGGCGUAAUGACCGCCCCCGCGACCGUGGUGCACGGCAUGCAGCAGUUCGUGAACGCGGCCAACAGCGACGCACAGCAGCAGCAGCAGCAGCAGCAACAACUUUACGACAGCGUCAAUGCGAAUGCGGGCACGCCCAAUGCCAACGCGGAGGGCACGCCCCACGGGCAGACGUUGCCCAUGGACUAUGCCACGGCGGCGGCGCAGCAGCUGCAACAGUCGCUGCAGCAGCUGAAGCAGCAGGAGCAGGCGGCCGCCGCAGCAGCAGCAAUGGAUGUGGCCAGCGCUGGCUACAGCAGCAACAACAGCAGCAGCAACAACAAUAACAACAACAACAACAACACGACUGUUGCAGCAGCAACAGUUGCUGUCAGCGAGCCGCAGCUGGGCAGCAGCAGCAACAGCAGCUAUGUGGAUCAGCCAUUGUCGCCGGCCGCCCAAACGCCACAAACGGCGCCAACAUUUGCAGCAGUUGCUGCCGGGCAGCAGCAGCCGCCGCAGCCGCCCAACUUCCAGCUGGAGGCAACAUCGCAAAUCGAUGGCAUUGCGCCGGCAACUGCAGCAUUUCCAGCCGCGGCAGCAGCAGCAACACAGACUUCAAACACUUCCACUAGCACAGCAGCAACAGUUGCUGGCACCGCAGCAGCAGCAGCAGUUGCCACAGCAGCAGCAGCAGCAGCUGUAGUUGGGCAGACUCAGGGGCAAACUUUGCCAUUGCUGUCGCACAUGAACAGCUACGAGCCGCCAAGUGUUGCCGCCGCCGCAGCAGCAGCAGCAGCAGUAGCAAUUCCCGCGCUGCAGCUGCAAAGCGCGCCAGCAACAAUUGCCGAUGUGCAGCAAUUGGUCGCCGCUGGCGUUCUGGAUGACCAGCAGCAGCAACAAGCAGCUGCGACACAGACUCAACAGCAACAAUUACCGCCAACAAAUAUCGCGAGUGUUAGUGCCAACAACAACAACAACAAUGUGAACUUAACGAAUGCAACUGCAAUAACAACAGCAACAACAGCAGCUGCUGCAACAGCAGCGGAAGCAACGACAACAUCGCUCGGCUUGAGCGAUGAACAGCAACAAUCGACAUCGGCGGCAGCAACAACUGCCGCAGCAGCAGCAGCAGCAACUGUUGCAGCCACAGCAGCAGCAACAUCAUCGACAUUAACACAGCAACAAAUACAACAGCUACAGCAGCAACCAAAUGCAGAAUCGGAGACUGAAAGUGCAUCUGGAACAAGUGCGGUUGCGAUUGACAACAAAAUCGAACAGGCAAUGGAUCUGGUCAAAUCGCAUCUCAUGAUAGCGGUGCGCGAGGAGGUGGAAGUAUUGAAAGAGCGCAUCUCCGAGCUGAUGGAUAAGAUCUCCAAUCUGGAGCUGGAGAACAACAUACUCAAAUCGAACAUGUCGCCGGAGACGCUGCAACAGUUGCAAAUGCAGCUGCAAAUCGCUGGCAGUCAGCAGCCAGCUGCGGUGGCAGCGCCGCCCGCAACGCCCGCUAUACAAGCGGCGCCGACCGCAACAGCAGCAGCCGUAACAGUGGCAGCGGCGCCGGCAGCGGCAACCAGCCCAGCGGCGUCGGCAGCGCCAACAGCAGCAACAGUUAUCGUCGCCAAUGGCAGCGGCGUCGGCGCAGAGAACGGCAGCAGCGGCAGCGGCGUUGACGCAGCAAUUGCUGCGGCUUCAAUUGUCGAUGCAGCGCAGCCAGCAGCGAACGGAUGCAGCGGCGUCGCGGCAGCGGCCAUCAGCACAAACGGGCCAAUGUCCUAAGCUGUUUGUUAGUUUGUUUUAAUCGUAAUAUUAUUAAUGUGGCCCAUUGUCCAGGGGCACUGGAAUGUCGAAAUAAUUGAAAAUGUCAACUAAAACUUUGUCGCCGCGACAGAGGAAAGCGUUAGCAGCCCCCCCCGUUCCCCCUUCCAGUAACAAUGCCCCAGCAACAGCAGCAGCGCAGCAACAUUAACAAAACAAACAACAACAACAACAAAAGUAUUACAAAAAAGCUCGAAGAGGGCGAACGCGAGAGAAACAAGAAGGGAGAAAGUGGAAGAGAGAGAGAGAGAGUUCUGCUACUGUUAACGUUGCGCGCUGUUAGCUGCGGCUGUUGCUGUCUGGUAGCACUGCUGCAGCCGCCAUUUUGUUAAUUUUUCGAUUGUGAUAUUUGUUUAACACAUACCUUCACACAUACACACUCACACCCACCCACACACUCAAUCGCACACAGACAUAGUUAGAUGGAUAGACUGCGCGUUAACAGCCUGGCUGCGGCUGGCCAGCUGUUAGCGAACGCUUUAACAGAGUGUUUUUUUUUUAUUAUUAUUUAACAGUGCGCUGCUGCGCCAAUUAACAUUCAGGUUCAAUAUGCACAGUGAGAAAAAAAGAAGGCGGAAGGAAAUUCACGUUUUUCUUUCAUUUUUAAACGCUCCUUUUUUUUCCUGUUGUUCAUUGAAUUUUGUUUCAUGUUAUUUAACGCUCGAAAGAAGUUGUGCAAAACAAAAUCAUAAAUAUAAAUAAAAAGAAACGAAAAGCAAAAACAAAAACAAAUACAAAACACAAAGAAAAAGAAAAAAAAUUAAAGUUGGCUUCAAAUAAUACUUAAAUAUUGUAAAAGUAGAAUUUGAGCCGCGCAAUGUGCAUGGGUAGAGGAAAGCAGAGAUAAAGAAAGAGAAAGAGAGAGAGAGAGAGAGAGAGAGA